CAUAUAGCAGUUCAUUCAGAAUGGGUUCAUCUUCUGUGUGCGUACCAAACGCAGAACUCCUGUUACAGACAUUUGAAGAAAACGAUUGUGAGAGAUUUGAAUACCAUAUAAAUGAUCCGCCUUUCUCCUUGGAAGAUCACUUUUACUUCUUUCCAGAUCCGUACAACGGAACGUUACUAGACAUUGCUUGCAGAUCUGCUGGGAAUCACAAAUUUGUGCGAUGCCUUUUGAAAAAUGGCCUCGACCCAAACCUUGUGAAUAAAAUUACUGGUAAAGCUCCAAUACACGAGGCUGUCGAGACAGGCGAUGCUGAAAUGGUAAACGAAUUGACAAAAUUUCGCUCUUUUCAAUCAGCAAAUGUGAUAGAUCGUAAAGGUUAUACACCAUUGCACAUCGCUGUUAAAAAAAAUCACCCUAGAUGUAUUAAAAUCUUAAUUGAUAAUUGUCGGCGUUGUGAUGAACCAAUUGAUAUCAACAUUAAUACCAGAGAGCUAGCGUCUCCUUUACAUUUGGCUUUGAAAGAAGGCAACAAGGAAGCUGCUUGCAUGUUGCUUCAAUGUCCAGGUAUCGACCCAAACCUUGUGAAUGAAGUUACUGGUAAAGCUCCAAUACACGAGGCUGUUGAGACAGGCGAUGCUGAAAUGGUGAACGAAUUGACAAAAUCCCCCUUUUUUCAAUCAGCAAAUGUGAUAGAUCGUAAAGGUUGUACACCAUUGCACAUCGCUGUUGAAAAAAAUAACCCUAGAUGUAUUAAAAUCUUAAUUGAUAAUUGUCGGCGUUGUGAUGAACCAAUUGAUAUCAACAUUAAUACCAGAGCGCUAGCGUCUCCUUUACAUUUGGCUUUGAAAAAAGGCAACAAGGAAGCUGCUUGCGUUUUGCUUCAAUGUCCAGGUAUCGACUUGGAUUUUCAAAAAGAUUUUCGUGGAUUUUCUUGUCGUCAAAUUGUUCUGCUAAAAUACUCUGAUUUGGCAAAGAAAUUUUCAACUGAUCCACUUUCAGAUCCACUAAACAUUAUGUACUCGUUAAGCGUAAGAAGCGGUCUGGAAAAAUCAGGUAUUAAAUUUAUGGCUGACCUACUAAAAGAUGAGUCAUUAUUACAUUUAGCCUGUGAUUAUGGAUACACUGCCACCGUUAGAUAUUUAUUGGAAAUGAAUGUUGAUCCUAAUGCAAUCUACGAGAGCAGGAUACCAAUUAUGAUUGCUGCUCAAAACGGUUACUGCGACAUAUUUGAAGAAUUAUUUCGUCACCGGGAAAUUAUACUGCAAGUAAAGGAAUAUGGAUCGGUGCUGCAUUACAUCAUAAAGGGUAUGUUAUACAAUCUACAAGUUGGCGAAAAACGCAAUCAUUAUAAAUGCCUGGAAUUGGUGCUGAACGAAAUCUUCCCUGCGAAUCAUUCAAAAUCGAAUAACGAUAAACCCAAAUUGGAUAUUAAUUUUGUGAACAAUACGGGAAGCACUGCUCUUCAUUUGGCGGUUCUUUUCCACGACGAACAAGUACAGAAAUCCAUCAUCAAUUGUGGUGCUCAUCUGUACCAAAAAAAUUACUCAGGAGAAGUUCCUUUGGUUUUGAUUAAAGCUGAAGUACUCUCAGACUACUUGGACGGUUGCAUUACUGAAGCUGAUAAAUCCACAAUGGAAAAAAGAGAUCUAAAAAUCGAUUUCGAGUACAAGCUAUUUGUAAAUCCGAGUAGCAAAUAUUCUGUUCUUCGAGGAUACGAAAUGGAAUUCUUUACAAUAAUCGAACGUGUGCCAGAAUUGAAAAAAUUCCUCAAGCAUCCAGCAGCAGAAAGUUUUUAUUUACAUCAAAUGGAACUUUGUCAAGAAAUAUUAUUACGCUAAUUUCAUAUUUUAUUUGCUGUUUUGCGUUUUUCUGAGUAUUUACAUGUUUCUAAAACAGGAGUACGGGGCUUUUUCUUUCGAUCUUUCGGAUUUAUGGUGCAUUCUAGGAUUAGUUUGUAGAACUCUGACGCAGCUGCUUUACGUUUUAUUAGUUUCAAGAGAAAUAGGCCUGCAGUUGAUUAUUUUACGCAGGUCGUACCUCACAUCCGCAGAGAAUUGGCUUGAAAUCAUAUUGAUUUCUGUUGUAGGUGUUUUUUUUAUACACGCUGCGAUCAACACAAGUUUACCACCUAUUUACGCAGCUUGUGCCAUUCUAGCGUCCUGGACGGAGUUGAUGUUUUUGAUCGGUAAACAUCCCUAUUUCGCGACCAAUAUUGAAAUGUUUAAGACAGUAGCAUGGAAUUUCUUCAAAAUUUUCGGCUUGUAUUCGAUUAUGAUUUUAUCAUUCGCUCUCAGCUUUUACCUCUUGUUUCAUGAAGGAAAUAGUAACAAUGAUGGUGUAUCUAUAAAAAAUGACACCAACAGUAAGACAGAGAUGGACAAAGAUGAUGCAACCAAGUUCUGGCAAAGUGUCCCCCUAUCUCUUUUCAGAACGAGUAUCAUGUUGACGGGCGAAUUCAGUGCCGACUCGACUAUUCCACUUGGCUCCAAUUUCAGCAUUGAACACGUGUUUUUCACCUUAUUUGUAUUUUGCAUCAGCAUCAUACUGUACAACCUGCUCAAUGGUUUGGC